AUGGCUAAUUUUUUACGUCGAUUGAUCACUAAAUCGAGGUCUAAUUCCCCACAAAAAGGCCAACAACAACACCAAAAACAACAACAACAACAUUUUCCUAAUUUAGAAUGUGAAGAAGAUGAAUGUUGUUAUUUAGCUGGACCUUCAACAGUAAUGCCUAAUCAUAUACCAAUUCAACAACCUUCAAUUGAUAAAAAUAGAAGGCAACCUAGGAGUGAUCUUUGGGCAAUGAAUCCAACAAAACAACCCCAAAUACCCAAUCAUGUUAAUAAAUCUUUGCAACUUUCACCUGACUCCAAAAGGCGAUCUCCAGCUUGUCAUUCUCCUUCCAAGGCACAUUCACCGAGUAGUCUUUCUAGAAGAAAAUGCUCUACUGGAGAAGAUCCAGGCACUUCUUCACAAGAGUUACUAAGUCCAUCACUUUGGCCAAGUUCUCCAUCAUCAACUCCUUGGUUGCGCAAUUAUUCAAAUGCAGAGAGUGCAACAGACAGUUCUCAACGUCCAAUUUCCUCACAAUUACCACCAUUCAGAAUAGGAGGAGAAUGUGGGACUAUUGAGAAGAUUGAAAGGGAAAAGGAGGAGGCAACUGCACAACAAAGAAAUAGAUCAACUAGUCCAAGAAAAGUUUUUGGACAAAAAACUGCCGAAAUAGUUUCUGGUAGCAGAUCUAGAUCACCUGCUAAAAAGCAACAACAACAACAAUGGGCAAAAACAUUAGAUUAUUUACAACCACAAUGUCGAUUAGAAGGAUGUUCUGCUGCUAUUUUAGUCGAAGAUGUUCGUUUUCUUGUUUGUAAACAUCAACUUAGCCAUUCCAGUGAUUUUUUUCGUGCCCUUUUCUUGAAAAGUCAUGCUUUACCAAUGGAAGGAGUAAGGCAUUUAAGGGAAGAUGAAUAUCUUAUUCAAGUCUCUUCACUUCGGCAUCCUCCCCAGGCAUUACAAUUUCAAUGGUUUUUGGAAACUACUGUACCCUCUCCAAUGCUAAGGGACAUUUCUGGUUGA